UAGAUAGAUAGAUAGAUAGAUAGAUAGAUAGAUACGUAUUUCAAGUUUGACAUUUAUAAUUAUGAAAUUUUCAGAAUGCACAUCAAGUUGGAUAGAGUACAAGGGUAAUUGCUAUUACAAAGGUGAGAAGAGAGUCAAUUGGAGAGACGCCAAGCUGGAGUGUGAAAAGAGAUGUUCACAUCUGGUGGAGAUCGGAGAUAAGGAAGAAUCAGAUUUCCUUGCCUCCACAUUUCUAUUAAACAGCACUUGUCCCUCAUCCGUUUAUGACGUUUGUACAGCCUGGACGGGAGGAAACGAUCAUGAUAUUGAAGGUCAAUAUCGAUGGAGCUACUCCAAUGUGACCAUAACCGUCACCGCCUGGUACACGAAUGAACCGAGUGUAGGUUAUCCAGCACAAGCAGAGGAGAAAGACUGUAUCGACCUAUUUAGAAAUGGCAAGUGGAAUGAUCGACCUUGCUCUUACCGUAAUUCAUUUAUUUGUGAAAUGCCCUAUGGACUGUAGAAUUAUACUCUAAUUCUCCAGAAACACUUUACUAUGAAACGGUUAUGGACAAACUCGAUGUUUCUCAAUGAUAUAUGAUUUUUUUGUGAUACUUCACGCACAAUUUACUUGUAUUUUAUCUCGUCAAUACAAGAAUGAAAUAUAUUACAGUGUAUAUUUUAAGGUUAGCAUAUGUUGCAAGUUCCUCCUGAUUGCAAGUACAAAUGUAAAGUUAGGUCUUAUGUAUUAUAGUAAGUUACAUAACUGUAGCAAAGAAGUAGAGAAAAAUCCUUAGAACUACCCAGUAUCGAAACCAGGACCUUUACAUAUCUAACCACUGGGCUAUCCAGUUUGACAUUAUAUAAAUAGAUCACU